AUGGAUAUAUACAACAGUGAUUCAUUGAUACCUUUAAUCAACAAUGACAAUAUCAACACAUUAUUAUUAACAUAUCAUACUAAUUUAUAUCAAUAUUUAAGUAAUAAUCCAAUAUCAAAAGAUUCAAUUAAAUAUAUUGAUACUCAAUUCAAUAAACAAUUGGAAUACUUAACCAAUAAUCAAGACAAAUUAGCAUUACUAUCACAACAAAUUAUCAUAUCAAUAGCUAAAAAUUAUACCGCUAUAUUGAAAAUCUCAUCAAAUUCAUUAUUUGAUACAACAAAUAAAUUUAUUCAAUUAAUAACAGAUUCCAAAAAGAGUGAAUUCACUCCAUUGAAAAACUAUUCAUGUAUUAUACUAUCAUAUAUAUAUGAACAAUUUGGUCAUGACUUAGUUUCAUUCACUCCUUUAUUAAUUUCAAUCAUUUUGAAACAUUUAAAAAAACAAACUAAUGGUAAACAUCUAAUUAAUUUAUCAAAAUUAUUAUCAAAUAUCUUAAGGAAUGGUGGUGUUAUUGAUGAUUCAUUACAAUCGAAAUUCAACAAAUAUUUUAAAACAUUCAUCACUACACAAAACACAUCAAUUAUAUUGAUACAAAAUUUAUUUGAAUCUUGGUCAAUAAUAUCUAAUUUGAAAAAACAUGCGGAUUAUCAAACAUAUCAAUUAUCAAAUAAUCAAUUGUUAAUUACAGGAUUAUCAUCACAUAAAUCCAUUAGAAUUUCCACUGCAAAUGCAUUAGCUGAAUCCCUAACAUUAUCAACUUUUAAUAAGAAGCAAAUUUGGAGAAUUUUGGUUGAUUUAUAUAUUGAAGGUGAUCUCAAAGUUAAAAUUGGUAUAUUAGAAACAAUUAUUCAAUUUAAUAAUUUACAAACUGUCCAGGAUUUAGAAUAUUUCCGUAAUGAAUUUGAAGAGUUUUUUGGGGAAUUUCAUAUGAAGAUAUUAAAUCAUGAAAAAUCAUCAGAUUUAAAUCAUUUAAUUACAUUAUAUACACAUUUAUUUAAAUUUCAAAGUGAAUCAAUUAAAAAGCAAAUUUUGGAUAAACUAUUCACAAAAUUAUCACAAGAUGAUUUAUCAUCAUUAAAAUUAAUUUCAAUCUUACAAUUAAUUCAACUAUUAAUUAAUUCAAUUUCCAUCUUAACAACAUCAGAUUUAGAAAUUUAUCAAAUUUCCCUAUUAAAAUUAUCAUCAUCCCCCGAACUAGAAAUUAGAAUUAAUUCAAUUAAAAUUUUAAAAAUCAUGUCAAAAAAUUCACCAAAUUUAAUUAAUGAUUUAUUAUCAAAUUCUUUUAAUGAAUUAUCAAAUAAUUUAUCACAAACUUCAGAACAAAAAUUAAAUUUUAACAAGACUAAUGGCCUUGCUUUAAUAAUUUCUGAUUUAAUUCAAUUAUCAAAUAAAGAUUAUAUUUCAUUAGAAUUAAUUUUAAAAAUUUGGGAUUUUUUAGUAUUAAAUUUUAAUCAACAAAAAAAAGUUAAAGAUCAAAUUUAUUAUUAUAUUCAAGAAACUUGUUGGAUUAUAAUGAUUGGUAUUUUUAAUUAUAAGGAUUUAGAAUUUUUAAAUUCUAAAAAAUUGGAAUUCCUAGGUGUAUGGAAUCAAUUAACCACAUUGGAUCUUAAUGAUGAUACAAAUAUUGAAUUAGAAUAUUAUAAAUUAUCAGGUUUAUUAAAUUUUAUUAAAAAUUUCCAAAUUACUUCCAAUGAAGCUAUAAAUUUUGAAAUUUAUUUAAAUUCACAAUUGGAAUCAUUACAAAAAUUAAACAACAAAGAAUCAACCAAUUUAUUAAAUAAAAAAAUUUUGGAAUGUUAUUUAAUCUUAUUACCAAUUUUAAAAACAGAUUUAAAUAGUUUAUUAUUAAUUCAAUCAAUAAAAAAUUUCGCUCAACAAUCAACUUUAUUAACAACAAAAUUUAAAGGUUAUGAAAUUGAUGAAUUAUUAAUAAAGUUUAAUGAUCAAGAUAUAAAGACUACAUCAACAGACUAUUCAAUUGAUUUUAUAUCAAGACCAAAAAAUUCAAUUGAAUCAUCUCAUAUCAAAUCUUGGAUUUCAAAAACAACUUGGAUUGAUGAAUUAGAAUCAAUUUUAAUUAACCCUGUUGAAUCAUCAGUCCUAAAUGAUCCUUUAUCUCAAUUAAUAUCAUCAUAUUCUCAAACCCUAAAGUUCCCACCACAAUUAAAUUUAAGUAUAAUUGAUGUAUCAAUUGAAAUUUUUUCUUUAGGGUUCCCAAUGGUUUCUACCAAAAUUCAAUUAUCAUUAUUAGAAAAUUUAAGAUCAUUAUUCUUGACAAAGGGGGUUACAAAAGAGUGUAAACAAUCUAUAGGAAUGAAUUGUUCAAUUGCAUUACAUGGUGUUUUGAAUAUUUCACAUCAACAAGGUUUAAAAUUUUCUAAAGAAGUUGGAUUAUCCAUAUUAGAAAUUUUGACUAAAAUUUAUGAAGAAGAUUCAAAUUAUUAUUUAUUAAAUUUAAAUUCCAGGACUUUGGGGCUGGUUAUAUCAAAUUUUGAUAAAAUUGAUGAAUUUAUUAAAAUUUAUAUUAAUAAAAUCAUUAAUAAUUCUGAUUCAAAUUCAAGAUCAUUUAAUUCACAAAUUUUGGCACAGAUAUAUGAAAAUAAUCAAUCACAAUUUAAUGAAAUUUGGGAAAUUUUAAUUAAAUUAAUCCAAGAUCCUCAUCCUGUUGUUCAUUCAUGGUCAUUAGAUUCUUUAUCAUUAAUAAUUAAUAAAAAAACUUCAUUAGAAUUGAAUAAAAUUUCAAAAUUAAUUUUGGUAUUAGAAGAUAUUUUCAUUAGUGAUAAAUAUGGUUUAUAUAAUGAUUCAAUUUCAACAUCAAAUCUAAAUUCAGAUUUAGAUUCAAAUAAAGUUUUAUCACAAAUUUUGAGAAAAAUUAUAACAAAUUUAGGACCAAAUUUUAAAGAAUUAGAAUCAGAUAUUCAAAAAAAAUUAAUUAAUUUAAUUUUAAAUUUAGGAGAAAUUAAUGACCCUGUUAUUCAAUGUGAAUUAAUUAAAUUAUAUCAAGAAUUAAUCAUAUAUCAACCUGGUAUUAUAUCAAUCCAAUGGAUUUUAAAAAAAUUAGAAUUUAAUUUCCAAAAUAAUAUUUGGGAUUUUUUACAAAAUGGUGAAUUAUUUCCUGUUAAUUCAUCAUUUAAAAUCCUUGGUUGCUCAUUAGAUUUAUUAUAUCAAUUAAUUAAAACAAAUGAUGAUUUGACAAUAUUAAAUGAAUUAGAAUAUUUAAUUUGGAUUUUGUUAGAUAUUUAUCCUUAUUCUAUAUUAAUUAAUAAAUUAAUUUCAACAUGGAUAGAUUCUACUAUAAAUAUUGAAUGGUUUAAUAAAUUAAAUCAUUUAUUUAAUAUUUCUAAAAAAAAAUUAUAUCAAGAUUUCCAUUUAAAUUUUAAAAAAAUUAUUGAUAAAUAUAAAUCUACAAAAAAGGAAAUUGAAUUAAAUGAUGAAGAAUCUCAAUCAAUUGCACAAAAUACUCAAGUGGAAAUUUCAGAUGAUAAAGAUAAUGAAUCAACAAAUUGGGAAUUUAAAUCAAAAAUUUUAAAAAAUUUAACAAAAAUCUUGGAAAAAUCAACUAAAUCACCAAAAUUAUAUCAUCAAUUAUCAAUUAAAAUUUCAGAUUUAAUUAAAAUUUCUAUUCAAAGUUCAAAUUCCCCAUUAUUAAAUUUAAGAAUCUUAGGGAUUGAAUUAUUAGGUGAUAUUAUUCAUAUAUUUGCUCCUGCACCUGAUCCAAUAUAUCCAGAAAUGUCAUUAUUAGAACAACGUCAAGCACAAAUUACAUCUGCUUUAAUACCUGCAUUCCAAGAAGAUAGUAAUUCACUUGUGGCAAGUAGGGCAAUUAAGAUAAUUGCAGAAUUUAUUGGAUUAAAAAUUGUUAAGAUUAAUAGAUUAGGUAGAAUUUCAAGAAUUUUAAUUGAUUCAUUAAAAGAAUUAUAUGAAUUUGAUGAAUCUCAUGAUGAAGAUUUUAAAAUUAAUGAAGUUAUUAUUUCAAAUACUAGAGAUAUUAAAAAAAUUAAAUUAAGUAUAUUAAAUGCUUGGGCUGAAUUGAAAAUUUUAUCAUUUAAAAAUAAUGAUUUAGAAUUAAAUGAAUUAAUUGAUGAAUAUUUAGAUUCUUUAAUUCCUCUUUGGUGUUCCACUUUGAAAAAUUUUAUAAUUUUAAAAAAUGAUUAUAAUUUACAAAAUAUUCAUCAAGAUUUAGAACUUUUCCAAGGAAAUUGGAUUAAUUUAGUUAAUGUUAUUGGAGUAAUUAUUGAAAUUGAUGAAUUUAAAAUUGAUACGCUAUUUCAAAAAGAUUGUUUUGGAUUUUUUUAUAUGUUAUAUGCACAAAUUCUAAGUUCUUUAAUCCAAAAUGAUGAUUUAGGUGAUCAAACUGAGAAACUUAUUGCAUUAUCCAAGAUUUUAAAUUAUAAAAAACUUGUUGAAUUAAUUUUACAUGAUGAUAUUUUUGGUGAAAGUAUUGAAGUUUUUGAAAGAUUAAUAUUAACAGGUUCAUUAUCUGAACAAACCGAGGUAUUAAAUAUAACUUCAAAGAUUUUUUUAAAUUUUUUCAAUACUUAUUCAACAAAUCAUGAAUUAGAACAAUAUGUUGAUAAAUUAUUUGAAUUGGUAAGAGUUAAUAUUCAAGUGAUCUUAAGAUUAGUUCCAUAUUUACAACAUGACAAUAAAAGAAUUAUUCCUAAAAAGGAAGAAGAAGAAGGAUUAUCAAAUGAAGAAUUAGUUCUAUUGAAAAAGGCAUUUGAAUUGAUUAAUAAAAUGUUGGGUAAAUUCCCUGAUAUGAUUAAAAUUGAUUUAUAUUCAAGUUUAUUAAGUCUUUUAAUUUCAAUUUAUCAAGAAGGUGAAACAAAUAAAAUUUUAAAAAAUCAAAUCAUCCCAACAAUUUUACCAAUUUUGAAAACUUUAUUAAAAGAAUUAGUUGAAAUGAAUGAUAUAGUUACAAUUAAUAAUUUUUUUCAAACAAUUAAAAAAAUCUUAUUAAAAACUGAUGAAGUAACUGAAAAAAAUUUAUUAUUAACAAUUGGUGUUGUAUUAAAUACAUCAAAUGAAAUCUUGAAAUUAAAUAAUGAAGACAUUGAAAUAAUAACAAAUUUCUUAUCCCAGGGUUUAAUCAAUGAUUUAACAAUAACAAUUUCAACACAAUCAAUUAAAUCAAUAAUUUUAAAUAAAAAAGUUUUAAAUUCAAUAAUUUCGAAAAGCUUAUUACCAAAAAUGAUAAAUCAAAUCAUAGAUUCCAAAAUUAAAGAUCCUAGAGUAUCAAUAGAAUUAAUAAUUUUAGUUCUAAAACAAUCUAAUGAACAAAUCCCAAUAUAUACAAUUUUAUUACCAAUCUUGAUCUUCAUAAAUGAUAAAUCACCAGAAUAUAAUGGUUAUUUACACAAAAAAUUAAUUUCAUUAAUUCAAUUAAACCCACAAGUUUUCAAAACUGUUAUUAAUGAAAUUUUAUCAUCAGAUCAAAGAUUUAGAAUUGAAAAAUUAGUUAAAUUUGAAGGUGAAGUUGAAGAAGAAGAAUCUGUUAUUGAUCAUGGACAAAUUCAGUUAAAGACUUUUGAAUAA